AUGAGUUUGGGUGCGCGCGCCACCAAGGGUGGUGCAAAGGGAAAGGAGGGAAAGCAACAGGAAAAAGGGAAGCCAACAGAUAAGCAACAUCCAAAAGAAAAGGCAAAGCCACAGGCAACCACAGAACAACUCCGUCUUGCAAACAUAGUUGACCGUAAAGGCGAGGAAGCUGAUGUUCGCAGAAUGGUGACAGAGCUGAUGGAGAUGACAUGCAAAUCUGAAGAAGAGGUGUGUUCUGCUCUGCACGACACUGAUAACGACAUGGAUGCCGCCUGUAACUUGUUGUUAGAAGAGAGUGCCAGGAUACAGAGUGAAUGGCAGACAAAUGAGAAGAAGAAGAAAAAGCCACCAGCCCCAUCCGGCAACGGCGAAGUGGAAGUUGUGAAGGAAGGACGCGAGCCCCGUGACGCCAGGGAUCCAAGGGGCCGCUCUGGACCUAGACCACGUCGUGGUGAAGGCGAAGGCAUCCGCGGCCGGGGCUCUGGUCGCGGGCGGGGAGUGGCUCGGGGAGGCCGAGGGGGCAGAGGGGGCAGACGCGGAGGCGGAAGGGGUGGAAGAGACAGGGGGGAGAACUGGAACAACGGUGAUAAUGGUGGCAACAUGGGUGAUUCGUUCCCGACGACAGAAGACUGGGACAACGAAGAAUGGUCUGGUUCUCUAUCAGAUACAAAGGUGUUCACUCCGAGUUCCUUGGCACAGAAUGCAGCUGACGGCAACGGAGCGCCUGCGCAGGUCACGGCUAAUGAGGAUUGGGAGGUCCCAGAAUCGAAUGGUCCCACAGAGGGCCAUAUCCCUACAUACACGUAUCAUAACACCCAGCAACAGCACUCCAAUAUAAUCGAGCAACAAAUGGUGUCCGUCCCCGGUGGUGUACCAGCGACGGGUGGUCCGGUGAACGUGCAACCAGCGCCACCUGUUGCUGCAGAACCGGUCGAUACUUACCACCAUCAUCAGCCAAUGGGAAUGUCUGGCAGUUUGAGCGCGGCGCAGUCGCAGUACUUAUCGCAACUGACUCAUCAGGCUCAGAGGCAUGAAAACAGUGUGUACGCAAGCAACUACGGUGUGUAUGGGUCAGCUGAUUUGGCCAGUCAGAGGAAACCGCAGAGAGCAAGGGUGCCUCCGCCUUCUAAGAUACCAUCAUCAGCGGUAGAAAUGCCAGGAGGUGGCGAAAGCGGUGGCGGUAUAUUCCUCGAUGUACAAUUUGGUGCUCUGGAACCUGACACCCUGGACACGCCCCAACACACGCCACAGUCACAAGUGGGCCAGCAGGUCGCUCAAGUCCAACAGGCGCCCACGGCACACACGCCGCCACAGCCCACGCAGCCCACACAGCCCAGCGUACAGUCCAUGAACGCGCAGCCCGCGCAACAGCCCCACACGCCGGUGCAGCAGAGACCCAAGCAGUACGCCUCGCAGGUGACGUCACAAGCGGAGCAGCCGGUCGCGACUAGUCACGACACGGUUUCUGAGGCGUCUACACCCACAUAUCCCAAUUCUAAUGCUAUGUUAAAUGAAAGCCUAAAUGCUGUGGAUUCAACAAACAUAAGUCAGCCAACCACUGCCGAACCUGUCGUAUCCAAUACUACAUCCAUAGAAAAGCUGUCAGCGUCCCUAGCAGCGGCGGUGGUAGCGGACACAAGUGCGAGUAGCGCAGCGCAGUCCAUGCAACACCACCAUCAGCACUAUGCGCAUCACAACCAUCGGACGAAGCCGGUGACGGGAGCUGCGACCGUAUAUCCAAGCGGCGGUGUAUCGCAUCAUCCAUAUGGCUCAGCAUUAUAUGCGCCACAGGUAAACUCAAGCUCAGGAUCUCUAGCGGGAGCGGUAGCAGGCGCUGGCGUGGCGGGCGUUGCGGCGGGCGUGGGAGCGUCUCAUGCGGCGCCUAUCAACCCUGCCCCAUACCCGUCUAGUGUCACGCUCACUACGUACCAGCCAAUAAUGAACUCUUAUCAGCAAACGUCCUCAACUGCGGGAGUGUAUGGUGGAAGUGCUCUAUACACUGCGGCGCCUUACACGCCUUACCAACCUUCGCAGUUGCCGACCAAACACAAGGAACAAACACAGUACGACAACUCAGUUGCGUCAAGUAACAGUUUAACGAACGCGGCAACGACGCAACAGUCGUCCACUGCCAAAGUUGUUACAACUACGGCAAGUGCAGCAGUGAACAGUGGCGUGUCGUCGACAUCAGGCAGCAGUGCGGGCGCAGGUGCAGGCGCUGGCUACGCGGGCGGAGCCUUAUACGGAGGGGCCUAUUACGACGAACAACUCUGCCGGGGCACGCUGCCACAUCAUAUGGGUGGAUACUACGAAGUCGGUUAUGGCGGUCGGGAUGGCAGUACUUUUGGUUUAGGCGCUGCCGAAAGAUUCCCAAGAACUGAUGCUGCCUCACCACAACAGGUUCCAGCAGCGUUACCGCCAGGUUACGCAUACUUCUACCAGCCUCCACCUACAACCUACCAGUAUGGAGUCUACCCAACUUACGGAGGUGGAUCAAACGUGGGUGGAGUAGGAGGCGUAGGCGGUGUGGGUGGCGUGGGCGUGUCCACGGGCGGCAAAGUGUCAGCUUACUCGCAACAGCAGCAGCCGCCCUACGAUGCGCAGGACACCUACAAACCAGGCGGUCCAUACACAGGCAACGCAAACAAGACGGCAGCUGGGGCCAGCGCUGAUUUAACUAACGCGAUGUACGGCAAGGCGCAUGUCACUCUAAACAAGGUCAAUACAUACGAGAAGGCUGGCUUCCACAGCGGUACGCCUCCGCCAUUUGGCGCCGCCUCGCAUCUCUACAUCGCGCCGCCGCACCACCACCCACACCACCAUCCGCAACACCAGAUGGAUGUACGGGUGAACAGUAGUCAUACUAGGCGGGAGAGCGGCGCUGGAGGUCGCGCAGCGGGAGGUAAAACAGCCGGAAGUAAGCCAACAUACUCGCAAUCCUACUGGGCGCCCAACUAG